CUUUGCACAAAGUGGCUUUCCUCCCUCGGCGAUUUUGCAAAGCGGCAGUUCUGGGGCGGAUGCCAAGGGCUGUGGCAUUGGAGGGGGGGGCGGCGGCAGAGGAUCGUAAAGAGAAAGGGACCCCCAGAAACCCUCUGACAGAUGUUUGCCUCAGGAGGGCCUCACAGAACCAGGAACGUCAUCACUGACACACAUCCGCUUUGGGAUUGAGGUGUUGUGCCCGCUGAACAGACGAGAGGCGGGGAACCUUUGCCCUUUGAAGGUGUCCCCAGCAGGCAGCGAGGGAGUCGACUUGAGCAUAGGCCUGAGAUGGGAUAAGGUCACUCUAUGGCCUCCAAGAAAGCCGUCACGAAAGAGGGGUGUGUGCUGUCAGCCUUGCGUCUCCAGGCUGCGCGAGAGUCUGGGGUGAAAAUGGAGGAGAAGGACCCGGUCUGUGGUGCUAAGCAGGCCGAAGGGGUGAGGAAAGGCCCUCGUGCGGCCCAGGCUGCCAGUGCCAGGGAGUUCCUGAGGCGGGUGACGCCACAGCAGAUUAAACAGGAACCGGACGAGGGCUUGGCCCAGCGCUGGGAAGCUCAGUGGCAGGAAUUUCUGAAGGUGGUCCAGUCCCCUCACACCGGGUGGGGGAAUCCGCCGCUACCGGAACUUGUGGCUUUUAAUGACCCGAAGGGUUUCCCAGCUUCUGGCGGGGCGGCUCAGCAAGCCUUUGGCCGGGGGUGCAGCUGGAAGGUCAAAGAAGAGGUCCCGGAAGAAGAUGCCCCCAGCUCAGAAGCCCAGCGCCAGCGCUUCAGGCAUUUCUGCUACCAGGAGGCCGAGGGCCCCCGCGAGGCCUGCAGCCGGCUCCGGCACCUCUGCCACCAAUGGCUGAAGCCGGAGAGGCACACCAAGGAGCAGAUCCUGGAGGCACUGAUCCUGGAGCAGUUCCUGAGCAUCCUGCCACCGGAGAUCCAGGGCUGCGUCCGGGAACGCGGGCCGGAGACUUGUGUCCAAGCGGUGGCCCUUGCUGAGGGUUUCCUGCUGAGGCAGCAGGAGGCUGAGAGGCCACAACAAUUGGUUCUGGAUUCCUUUGAAGAAGUGACAGUGGAUUUUCCAAGGGUGCAGCAAGUCUGCUUUGGUGCUUCUCGGAAACAAGGAGGGGGCAGGCUGCUAAAUGAACAGGAGCGGCAGGUUCUGCUGCAGGAGGAGUGUCUUGAGCGAGAGAGCCCUGGUGGGGCGUUGAUACAAAAGCCCGGCGAGAACCUCUCUCAGCAUCAUGAGCCGGGCAAAGCCUCCGCAAACCAGCCAAGGCCAGAGAGGCAUUCAGGGAUCCACCCGGUCAAGAGAGCAUCGGAGCCCAUCCCUUGUCGGGUGGGCUACAAGGACCUCAGUGAGAUUCUUUUCCAAGAGAGGAUGCAGGAAAACCAGCGUCAGAAGAGGUGCGUCAUCCUGCGCCGAAGGAUCCACACCGAAGAGAGGCUGUAUAAGUGCCAGGACUGUCGGAAAAGCUUUGACCACCGGUCCCACUUCAUCCGCCACAAGAAGAUCCAUACGGGGGAGAAGCCCUUCCAGUGUGCGGACUGCGGGAAGAGCUUUAAUCGCAACUCCAACCUCACUACACACAUGAGAACCCACACCGGCGAGAAGCCCUACAAAUGCUCGGACUGCGGGAAGAGCUUCCGCUGGAGCUCGGAUUUCAUUGUCCACGAGAGGACCCACACGGGAGAGAAGCCGUACAGUUGCGCCGACUGCGGGAAGGCCUUCCGGCGCAGCUCCAACCUCACUGCUCACGAGAGAACCCACCGAGGCGAGAAGCCCUAUAAGUGCUUGGACUGCGGGAAGAGCUUCACGCGGGGCCUAUACUUGAUCGCGCAUAAGAAAACUCACACAGGACAGUGAGCAGUGUUGUUUCGGGAGGGAAAGGGGAAUGCCAUGCCACCAUCCUGCGGGCUAAUUUUAGCUGGGGUAGCGGGGUUCAAGCUGCGCCUGACAUGGCUUCCCACCUCUCUGGGAGUGCAGCAACAUGGGGGGCAGGGCUGUUGCUUUCAUGCCCUGCUUGUUAGCUUCCCAGAAGCAUCCAACCGGCCACUGUGGAAAACCUGCUGCUGGAUUAGACAGACCCUUUUGGGCAGACCCAGCAGGGCUCUUCCUUUGUUUCUCUAAAGGUUUCAUGGCGCGAAGAUAAACAAGGUGGCUGGAUAAUUGCUGCAUAUCCAACUGCAAAGUGAGGCACAGCUGCAGGGCCUGAUUCAACAGCUGGCAACCUUCUGCUUCCAUAAGAAGCUGCCUUGUAUUAGGGUCCGCUAUAGGGAUCAGGUCCACUAUAGGCUUGUGACCCUCCAGAUGUUGUUGGACUCUCAACUCCCAUCAACCCCAGCAAGAGUGGCCAACAGCCAGGGAUGAUGGGAGCUGCCAUUGAGCAACAUCCGGCAGGACAAACAUUCCCUACACUUAACUUACUCCCUGAUCCUCUUUUUAACUGGAGAUGCUAAGGAUUCAGCCUGGAGCCUUGUACACGCCAAGUCUGUGCCCCAGACCCUAAGCGGCUGCCCUUCUCCUCUGCACUCUGUGUUAAAUUAAUCCAGAACAGCAACCCCAUCCCUCUUGCCCCCUGAUUGUGGAGGAAGAAUCCCUACUCUUGACAUGUCAUAAUCACCCGUUGAAAGGAGGUGGGUGGGGAGGAGCCACCCUCAUUCCGAGUACAGCAGUGAAGUUUUUUUUAAAAAGUGUCCAGGGUACCAAUGUCUGAACUGGCCCUUUUAGCUAUCCCUUUUCACAGCUGUUUCAUCUUUGUCCGUGCUCCGGAUGUGUUGGGCGGGGGUGAUGUGCUGGGACAGGGGGACCUUUGGCCCUCCAGAUGUUGCUGAACUACA